GCCUCGAUGGAGGAAGAGGGAGGCAACAAGCAACGGGGAUUCAGCGGAGCCGGAGGGGGAGCGACAGAGGUGGGGAGAGAAAGAGCGAAGUAGGAUGGGAAGCUCGAGGGGCUGAGAGGUUGCUGCGCGCGCACUCGCACACAAAGGAGACGGAGGAGGAAGCGGGCAGCGCCGCGCUUUGUGUGCUGAGGGGGGCGAAGCGCCGGCGUCUCCCGCUUCCUUGAAAGCAGCAGCGAGGAGAGGUGCGCCGAGAGGCCGGCCUCGUUGGGACAGGUGGGGUCUCGGCGCGGAGCGGCGCCCUUUGUUAUCAGGAGGGACCACCAUAAAUCACAUCCACACUGAAGAAUUAGCCAGUCCAGAUAAGUGAAGAUACAAACCUGUGUGGGUGAGAAUAUAGCACUAUGUUCCAAGCUAAGGGACCAUCCAGUACAGCCUCUUCUAAUGAAGCAAAGAGCAACACGGGGACAUCCAUUGUGCAGAGAUCCAAGUCAUUCAGCCUGAAGGCCCAGGUGAAGGAGACGUGCAGUGCCUGCCAGAAAACUGUCUAUCCUAUGGAGCGCCUGGUCGCUGAUAAAUUUGUCUUCCAUAACUCCUGCUUUUGCUGUAAGCAUUGCCACACCAAACUAAGCUUGGGUAGUUAUGCAGCUCUCCAUGGGGAAUUCUACUGCAAGCCACAUUACCAGCAGCUGUUCAAGAGCAAAGGCAACUAUGAUGAAGGUUUUGGGCGCAAGCAGCACAAGCAACUCUGGCUGCAGAAAGAGGUGGAGAAUGGUACUGAUACAGCAUGACCCACAGCCUAUAGUUCCCCACUUUGAGACCCUUGAUAUGGGGAUGAACUGAGCUGAUGGAGAGCAGUGGUAGUUGCAAGAUGGCUAGGAGCAGGGAAGACUAAGCAGGGACAGACUAUGGUCUUAAUGGACUGUGGAAAGAACUAGGUACCCAAAAAACUACACAGACCAUGUUGAAAGCUUGAAAUUUUGCUCUACUCAUGCAAAAGCAGGAACACUAAUGCUAUAAAGAGGACAGGGUCAUACUAGUAAUGCACUUGCAAUCAGGAUCGUAGCUAAACAGUUUGACUAGACAAGCUGUAAAUGUGGUGUUUCACAUCCGUACAUCUCCUUGGCCAGGAGAAGUCUAUGAUGACUACACAUUAUUCAUAUACCAUGUUAAAUAAAACCCGUCUCCCCUUUAGCAUCCUAACAGAUUAACCGGGAUGUUGCUUACCUUACUCUUGAACCUCAAGUCAAAGGAACUUUUCCAACAGGCUUUAGGCAAUUCUUACCUUUUCUUUCUUUACAUCAAACUUUGAAAGAGAUGGAGUACUAUCUAUUCCAAAUAUCUGGCCAUCUGGAUAAACAAAUUAUGCUAAUAGGCAGCAACACAUUGAAUUCUGACAAUGAAUUAACUUAGAAUCCUGAAUAUAGCCUGUAUCUCCUUUCCUGUGGGGAGGCCAUGUGCUUUUCCUGCAGAGGCCAUACACAUGUCUAGGAGUGAAGAUGCAUGUAUUCAGCUUCAGAAAUUCUAAACAACAUUGAAAUAGAAAAUACAAUUCUUGAUUUUUCAAGCAAGCAUAUAAAAGACACCCCUGCACACUAAGAGGGGUGGGGGUAGGAUUGGUGUAACACAGAAGCAUGUAUAUUAGUCCAAAAUCAUGGUGAACUUGGCUCUGAAAGGGGAUCGCAGACCUUGCACCCUAGUUCUCAUCAGCUCUGUUCUAUCCAUUCAGCCUUAAACUCUGGGGAAGAAUUCAGUGUCUAUCUUUUAUAUCUGCCUUUUUCAGUGGUAUGUGAUAAGCUGAAGCACACUUGUGGUGUUUGUGUCCAGAGCUGCGCUGUCUUAUUUUUGUAAUAUAAGUUUUCUGAGCCUUUCUUCUUUGAUGUUUUAUGGAAGUUUUGAGUACAGAGAUGAAAUGUACAACUUCUGCUUCAGUAUCCAAAAGAUUUCUUGCUCAACAAGAAACAAUGGUAAGAAUUCUGCAUGGGAAAACAAUCCAGCCAUAAUUUUAUGCAUUAAAAAACCAGCAGUUUAAUAUUACCUGCUGUAAGAAAAGCUGUGGUUCACAACACAACACAACACAACACAACACAACACACUAGAUCCGACUCACCAGAUGGCAUGUCCAGCAGCUUUAAAACAUGUCUUCCUUAAUAAAAGAUAGUGUUUGGUGCCUACAUUCCAGAGUAUACAGAAAAAAGUGCUUAGUAUAUCAGGCUGGGAGAGAGGAUGAAAAUGCUGAAUAUGCCUUUCCCACAUUUAAAUGAAUCCCACAAUUCAAAGCCACAUAGGUAUGGUUCAUUUGCCUGGUUGCAGGUUUUAAAGAGAACAUCUGAUGAAAUAACUUGUUACUCUGAAGAAUCACUUGAGGCAAAAA